AUGAAACAAUUUAAAUGUUCAGAAUGUAACAAUUGCUUCUUACAAAAGGAAAACCUUAAUGAACAUGAGAUGAUUCAUACAGGAGAGAAGCCAUAUCUGUGUUCUGAAUGUGAUAAAUGUUUUAGAUUCAGUACAGGGCUAAUCCGACACCAAAUGAUCCACAUAGGAGACAAUUUGUAUCAGUGCUCUGAGUGCCAGAAGAGUUUUAUUUCUAAGUCCAAACUCAAUGCUCAUCUGAGGACUCACACAGGAGAGAAACCCUUUAAAUGUUCGAAAUGUGACAAGUGCUUCUCACAUAGUCAUAAUCUUACUCACCACCAGAUGACUCACACGGGGGAGAAACCCUUUAAAUGUUCCGAAUGUGGCAAAUGCUUCUCACAAAAUUUUUAUCUUACUCGCCACCAGAUGACUCACACUGGAGAGAAAUCGUUUAAAUGUUCCAAAUGUGACAAGUGCUUCUUUCAUAAGAAAAGUCUUGUUACACACCAGAAGACUCACACUGAGUGCUUCUCACAACGAUCUCAUCUUACUCACCACCAGAUGACUCACACAGGAGAGAAACCCUUUAAAUGUUCGGAAUGUGGCAAAUGCUUCUCACAAAAUAUUUAUCUUACUCGCCACCAGAUGACUCACACUGGAGAGAAAUCAUUUAAAUGUUCCGACUGUGACAAGUGCUUCUUUCAUAAGAAAAGUUUUGUUAAACACCAGAAGACUCACAGUGAAUGCUUCUCUCAAAAUAUUUAUCUUACUCGCCACCAGAUGACUCACACUGGAGAGAAACCCUUUAAAUGUUCCGAAUGUGACAAGUGCUUCUUUCAUAAGAAUAGUCUUGUUACACACCAGAAUAUUCACACGGGAGAGAAACCAUUUAAAUGUUCCGAAUGUGACAAAUGCUUCUUUCAUAAGAAUAGUCUUGUUACACACCAGAAUAUUCACACGGGAGAGAAACCAUUUAAAUGUUCCAAAUGUGACAAAUGCUUCUUUCAUAAGAAUAGUCUUGUUACACACCAGAAGACUCACAUGGGAGAGAAACCAUUUAAAUGUUCGGAAUGUGAUAUGUGCUUCUCUUAUAAGAUAAUUCUUGUUACACACCUGAGAACCCACACUGGCGAGAAACCAUUUAAAUGUUCAGAAUGUGACAAGUGCUUCUCACUAAAGCAUAGACUUGUUACACACCAGAAGAUUCACACGGGAGAGAAACUAUUUAAAUGUUCCGAAUGUGACAAGUGCUUCUUUCAUAAGAAAAGUCUUGUUGCACAUCAGAAGACUCACACGGGAGAGAAACCAUUUAGAUGUUCCAAUUGUGACAAGUGCUUCUUUCAUAAGAAAAGUCUUGUUUCACACCAGAAGACUCACACUGGAGAGAAACCAUUUAGAUGUUCCGAAUGUAACAAGUGCUUCUCUUACAAGCAAAAUCUUGUUACACACCAGAGAACCCACAGAGAAGAAAAACCAUUUAAAUGUUCUGAAUGUGACAAGUGCUUCUUUCAUAAGAAAAAUCUUGUUACACACCAGAUGAUCACACACUGGAGAGAAACCAUUUAG